ACUGACGCCUCUCCCCGCUUGAGAUGCGAGCUCUAUGCGUGUUUAAUGCUUUCCGGAGCAGUGUGCGGUGUUGGCGACACCGAGGUGUCACAACGUUUCGUCGGACUCCAGGCUUCUGCAGCCGGCGCUGGCUCACAGACUCAACCAGAAGCGUCAUCCCAGGCAUGGAUGAGAUCCUGUCCAGGGUCGUUGCUCCUUUGCCUACAUACGAAACCAGAGAUAAGUGUCCCCCUCCACCAGAGUCUCACAGCGUGGAGUUUAUGCACUUUUAUAGAAGCCUGGACAAAGACGAUAAGCGGGACUUGCUGUCGAGGCUCUCGCAGGACUUCGGCGUGGACCACAAAAGUGUGUCAGAGUUCGCAGGGAAGCUGCUGGACACUCAGCUCAGGGAUCUUGCGACCAUUUUGCAAGUUGAAGACAGACUUCGGUACAGUUUGACUCCUCGUUACAAACAGCUGCUGAGUCACAUAAGCAGAGUGGAAGGAGGAGUGAAGUUCCUGGUGGAUCUCAGAGCCGAUGUGGUUGAAAUACUCUCGUCAAAAUCGAGCGAAAGUCCACACAUUCGGGAUCUGAACGGCACUCUGAAGAGUUUGUUGUCUGAGUGGUUCUCUGUGGGUUUGCUGCGACUGGAGAGGAUCACUUGGCAGUCGCCCUGUGAGACCCUGCAGAAGAUUAGCCAGUAUGAGGCUGUGCACCCCAUAAGGAACUGGACUGACCUGAAACGCAGGGUCGGCCCUUACCGCCGCUGUUAUGCCUUCACCCACGCUGCCAUGCCUGGAGAGCCUCUGGUGGUGUUACAUGUGGCUCUCACUGAAGAUAUCUCCGACAAUAUACAGAGCAUUGUUCGAGAGUUCGCGGCUGUCGAUCAAGAAGAGGAUAUAAACAAGAUAAACGCAGCCAUUUUCUACUCCAUAUCUUCCACUCAGGCUGGGCUCCAAGGGGUGGAACUGGGCAACUACCUCAUCAAAAAGGUGGUGCGAGAACUACAGAGUGAGUUCCCUCACAUGGAGAGGUUCUCCAGCCUCUCACCCAUCCCUGGGUUCUCGUCCUGGCUCCAAGGCCUCCUCACCCAGUACCGAAAGGAAGGCUGUGGUUCCGACCUUUUAUCAGAGCAGGAGUGGCGAGAGGUGGAGCAAGCCAUCGAUCCAGCACCAGGCGCUUCAGUGAUGGAUUCCCUUCGAAAGGUCGUCGGCUCCAGUGAAUGGAUGCGCUCUGAACACCUGUCAAACGUCCUCGAGCCUGUCCUGAUGCGACUCUGUGCCUGGUACCUGUACGGGGAGAAGAGGCGGGGCUACGCCCUGAACCCAGUCGCCAACUUCCACUUGCAAAACGGUGCCACCAUGUGGCGCAUUAACUGGCUGGCAGACGUCAGCCCGAGAGGUGCUGCCAAUUCAUGUGGGAUCAUGGUCAACUAUCGUUACUUCUUGAACGAAACGUCGACAAACAGCGCACUUUACCUGCAAAACAAGGUGAUCAAUGCAUCGGAGCAAGUGCUGGGGCUUGUGUCACAAUUCCAGAAGAACAGCAAACUUUGAGACCUGGACCUUUUGUGAUUAAAAAUGUCUCUGUAAAUCUCUAUAUCUGACUGUUCAACCAGUAAUAGAAACUGUUAAAUGCUGAGAGUUUGUCAGGCGUGAACUGAUUCCAUCUUCCGUAGUGCAUAUGCUUGCAUCUUUUUUUUGCCUCAUUGAAUUUGAUGCAGAGGCCGUUUUGUAUUGUGCAAGUGCUUCACAGGCUGAGAGAGUGCGGCUAAUGAAGCACGAGGCAUCUAUCAAUGGUGCAGCGUGUUUCUGGAUAACAGUGUGUGUAAUGGUGAGGCAAGAGCGAUGAGCGAGUGCAGCUGCUGGAAUAAACGAUGUUUGGACUUCUUCACCGCUCAACGGACUUCUGUAUUUAAAAGACUUCACAUCCAGAAGGUGUUGUGUUCUUGCUUCCCAGGGGAAAUAUUUUCUCUGAAACAACAGAUAUUUUCUUCAGCCGGCCCUGAGGACCGCUCAUAGUUUUCAUUUGAGCAUCCUCAUGUGGAUCCAUCGGGCUCCAUCCUUUUGUUUGCCCAGGUGAGAUUCUCAUCUCUAACACGCUGCUCACAUUACCGAACUCUCCUGAGAGACGCUACAGACGUUCUAACUGCCGUGUGCAGGUGCCAAGCUGGCCUCAUAUCAGUCCGCAGCCCAUUGUUGUGAAAUAAUGUAUCACAGCAAGUUGACUGUGAAAUUACAUUUUAUGUCUCCAUGGCGCUAAACUUUCCUUUUAUCCCACCCUGCCCCCACCCACCGUAUCUGUCUUCCCUCCCUCCUUCUUAGCUCAGCGCAUGGCUCUGUGUCCUAGAAACUAAUGGAGUGAGAAAUAAACUUAAAGUAAAUAGCCGGAUUGAUGGUGUUCGCUUGUGAUGAAAGGGGGAAGGCAUAAAUAGGAGAGUUGUUUAAGGGAUGCCCUUGAGAGAUGAGGUUCUGUUGACAAUCACGCUGCAGCGGCCACUCUGAAUGAAUCAUUGGCAUGAAACUAAAGGCCACAAACGGCGCUGCAUCAGAAUCAGUCUGUCCGUUUUUAAUUGUUGAAAACAGCCCUCCAUUCAGGCAAAUUAAUAAAGCGGUCUGCCUCAAAUUUCCCAUGAGAAUCAGAGAAAUGGUGAUCAUUCUGCAAUCUGAAUUACAAAAUUAAAUAACCGACUACGCAGAGGCUUUUCAGUUCUUUCUGAUCUUAUAAAAGGCUGUAAAGGAGAGUCUUUUUGUGAAGUCAUGUUAAAAACAUUCUAAUUAAACCAAAUAUGAACAGUUCAAAC